AUUUAUUACACGGUUUUUUCAUUUUACGACUAUCAUUUUUUUUCUCUUUCUUCAACAAAUUAGGCAUUUUUGUAAAUUUUUAUUAAAAAAUGACGGCACAAUAUAGACCAUUAAUUAUGCUAGCAGCUGGAAUUACUUUUGUAUAUUUGAUAAUAUCUUUACAUUCUGCACCUUAUCCAUAUCCUAAGAAUAUUAUGGUAUCACGAGAAGAUUUAUUCGAAAGUGUUAAACCGAACGGAAUAUUUAUAUCAGUGCAAAAAGACUGGGUUUAUUUAACGGCAAUAUGGAAAGAACACGAAGCAAAUUAUGAAGAUGCGACAGGAUUGAUCAGACAAUAUAGGAGACCCUUACAUUUAUUAUUACGUGACAAUUAUGACCCAAGAAAUAGUUGGCAACUUCUUUAUAAUCAUCGACUUGAAGGUCCCAUAACACAUAUAUCUAGUUUCUAUUACAACGAUGGGUCAACACCAUCAAACACGGAAUAUAAUGAAAAUAAUGCAUUGGCAAUUUUGUACCAAUCGCAUGGAAAAGAGGAUAUUAAAUAUAUAAUACGGCUUUAUCAUAUAGGAAAUUAUGAAGAUGAAAUUAGCAACAAUAUAUUAGAUAAUUGCCAAAUAUCACCACGUACCUGUCAUAUAAAGCCAUCCUUUAAAUAUCAAGAUAUAAUAUUGCCAGGAACAACCAGUAUUAAAUCAUUUCAUGUGGAUGGUUCAAUUAUAUUAUAUUCAAGGAGUCCAGAUGAUGCUAAAUUUAGAACAAUAUUAAUACCUGAAAAUAUUUUUGAUAUUUCAAAGAGCAAGACUGAUGCGUUAACACUAAAAUCUAGUGAUCCAGGACCGAUACAAAAAGUUGGACGAUUAGAUCCCGUUACCAAAAAGACCUCAACUUUUCGACGCGUUUACGCUGUGUCAGGAGUGAUUCGUGUAUUAAAUGUUGAAGUUACAGCGACUGAUGAGACAUGGAAAUUCCAGGUGUCAGUCAUUCAUAAUUCAUCGUCAUCUGAGGAAACUGAUAAGAGAUUUCGUUGGCGUUCUAAGAAAUUAAUUGCGUAUGAGCGUCCAACAUCACCUAAAAAAUUCGAAUAUGAACAAUUUGAUUUUGUACGUGGAAUUACUUUUACUCCGAUCACUGUUCCAAAGCCUGUUGUAGUUACAGCAAAAAAUGUUACAACAAUAUGUAUUGGAUUGAACAAUAUUUUAUUUACAUUUGAUUAUAGUAAUACAACAACAACAACAGAUUCUAAUCAACAAGAUACACAUUCAACUGAGGCAUUUAUAGUUAGAAGCGAAUUUCUGCCUUCACUUGAAGAGUCGCCAUUUCAAGUUGUAGGGACUGAAAUUAAUGCUAAUGGUAAUUUGCUGGCACUAGUAACUCAGGAGAAUUACGUUUUAAUUUAUAAGAGAGGGGAUGCCAAUGUAAAUGUCUCACCCCCAUCGGCUCAAACGAAGAAAGGUUGGUUUACAGGGUUAAUUGAUGCUGAUAAUAGACAAAAUAGACAGACCGAAGAUAACUGGGAAUUAAGGAUGGUUAUACCUUCAACAGAUUUGGACAUUUUGGGUCAAUCGGAGCUGGAUGUUAUUGCAGUGAAAAUAUUGAAUGUUUCCGGAUUUCAAAACAAUGGAAAUGUACUAUUAAGUUUAUAUGAAAAUGGGGACAUUACAACUUUUGAUUUGAAUAAUUCAGAACAGGAAAUGAAAUUUUGGUUUGUUAUCAGAAAACAAUGGCAUAUGUAUAUAGGAAUGAUAUGUGUUAUACUUGGUUUUGUAUGGAAUGAAGCAAAAAUGGGAUAAAUCGUUUAUAAAUAAAUCUUGAAAAUUUUAAUACCGUAAUAAGCAAAAUAUGUUUCGAUUCUAAAUAUAAUUUGUACGUCAGUAUAGAACAUUACGAAUAAACAAUCACGUAAUCAAAAAAGUAAAUAAGCCACAUUUAAUUUAGCAGUUAGCACAGCCAAUUCAAAAAUUUAAUAAUUACUCUUUCUAUUCUAUAUUUUAACCUAAGUAUAGUUUAAAAUUUUGAGUAUUUGCUCAUUAGAAAGUUGAAAUAAUUAAUUUUUAUUUUUUUUUCUUAUUAUUU